AGGAGCUUUAUUUACUUAAAAGCGAUGAAAAUAAUUUGGGGACACAGGUUUGCCCUGUAGAAAAAAAUGAUGAUCAUCAAAAUUCACUUGAAGAAAAUGAUAAUUGUCAAGAUUUACUUGAAGAAAAUAAUGAUCUUCAAAAAUCACUUGAAGAAAAUAAUGAUCAUCAAAAUUCAUUUGAAGAAAAUAAUCAAGAUUCAUUUGAAGAAAAUGAUGAUUGUCAAAAUACAUUUGAAGAAAAUAAUCAAAAUUCAUUCAAAAAAAAGAAUAAACGUCAAAGUUUAUUUGCAGAAAAUAAUAAUUAUCAGUAUUUAUCUAAAGAGAAUGAUAAUUAUUUUGAAAAUAAUAAUUAUUCAAAUUUAUUUGAAGCUAAUGAUUAUUUUUCUAAUGAAGAAAUCUCUAAACCAGAGUAUUCAAAAUUUACGAAUAAAAUUAAGCUCAAUAAUACAAAGUCUGAAGUUAUUGUAAUUAGUGAUUUUGAAUCAGAUAUUACUACCCAUAAAAAUGAAAAACAGCAAGUGUAUGAAUAUUCUAUCGAAUUACAAGAAAAUAAA